CAGCACGUGAACGCAGCAGCAUCAUUGAGCCGCUGAGCGGAGAUCGGGCGGCCGAGCUGCUCAUCACAAACAGAAGAACCACCACCGUGGCUGUCCAACAGCUGCUCUGCACACCGGUUCAUUUCAGGUGUGCAGGUGUGAGCGGCCCGAUCACGUGGUUUCGGUUCACAUUGAUACGCGGUCCAAGAAGCAGGUGCGCUGCCGGGGGGGGGGGGGGGGUUCGUCUCAAAGGGUUACACACUCGGGGAGGCUGCGCCGCUGCUGUUUGUUGUCACUUCCGCUCGAGCAUGCCCGUGAAUUAACAGAUCACAUCGCCGAAGAAGAAGAAGUUGUUGAUCAGCUUCGAUGCUCCGUGCAGGAAGGAUGGAGGAGUUUAUCACAGAGGAAGAGGAGCCGUGGUACGACCAGCGGGACCUGGAGCAAGACCUGCACUUGGCAGCCGAGCUCGGCAAGACCCUUCUGGAGCGCAACAAGGAGCUGGAGGACUCCCUGCAGCAGAUGUACAUCAACAAUGACGAGCAAGUGCAAGAGAUAGAGUACCUGUCCAAGCAGUUGGAAAUGUUGAGGGAGAUGAACGAGCAGCACGCAAAGGUGUAUGAACAGCUGGAUGUGACGGCCAGGGAGCUGGAGAUCACCAAUGAGAAGCUGGUGCUGGAGAGCAAGACCUCGCAUCAGAAAAUCGACAGGUUGACGGGCACCAUGGAGACCUUGCAGGGUCAGGUGGACAGCCUGACGGCUCGGGUGGAGGAGCUGCGGACUCUGGAGGAGCUGAGGGUCCGCAGAGAGAAGACGGAGCGACGCAAGACUGUGCACUCCUUCCCCUGCCUCAAAGAGCUCUGCACUGCGCCAAGGUAUGAAGAUGGUUUCCUGUUGGCCAAUCCGGGCAGCGUGGACCUGGCUGAGACGCGACCGGUGGACGAGGAGCACGAGCGCCUGACGGACAUCGUCUCCUCCCUGCGCUCGGCGGUGGCCACGGAGCGGUCCCAGCGAGAGGGCGCCGAGCGGGAGUGCGCCGCCGUGCUGCAGGAGUUCGAGCGCCUGGAACAGCGUCUCUUAGGGGCGGAGGGCUGCCAGCUGCGGGUUCAAGAGCUCGAGGCGGAGCUCCAGGAGAUGCAGCAGCUGAGGAAGUCCAGGGUGUGUCUGAUCGGGGGCAUGGAAGAUGGCCUAGAGACGCUGCUCAGCAACGGCCCCGAGACGGACACCCCGGAGGAGGGCCUGGGGCUGGAGGAGGGAGGUGAAGGAGCUGCUGGAGAGCAAGGGGCCACGGGGCAGCAGGGGGGCCCGGUGAGGAAAAGCUGCAGCGACACAGCUCUGAACGCCAUCUCGGCCCGCGACGCCUCUGGCAGGCGUCAGGGCAGCUACGCCAUCCACGCCAACGGCGUGCGCAAGCGCGGCAUGUCCAUCCUGCGUGAGGUGGACGAGCAGUACCACGCGCUGCUGGAGAAGUACGAAGGGCUGCUGGGGAAGUGCCGACGUCACGAGGAGAGCUUGUGCCACGCCGGGGUGCAGACCUCGCGGCCGGUCUCCAGGGACCCCUCCAUGAAGGAGUACAGCAUGGUCUGCGCGGGGCCUUCGACAUCGGGGGCAGUCGCAGUCGUCGUCGCCGCCCCUCCCACGCCCCCACAAGCGCCCUCCACCCCGGAGGCCCUGGAGGGGAUCAGCAGGCAGGUGGAGCAGGUGGACAAACGUCUCAGCCAGAACACGCCGGAGUACAAGGCCCUGUUCAAAGAGAUCUUCUCCCGCCUGCAGAAGACCAAGAGCGACUUGAACUCCACCAAGAGCAAGAAGAGUCACAAAUGAGCUACUGAGUCUACUAACAGUGACUGCACAUGAUGUAUUUAAUGACUUCUCGUCUUACAUUUGACCAUGACGGGUGGAUGCCUGUAGUCGGGUGAUUAAUGAUGUUAGCAGUGGAUGGCUGAUUAAUCUCAAGCUGUAUGAAAAUGGUAAACUUGCCUCUGUGGAGGAUUCUGAUGUGGAUGAAAUACCUUUUUUUUUCUUCCUGAGUGACCAUAACUGAUGAAAUAAUUAGUUUAGUUUCUGUCUGAGGACAGUCUAGUGUGUGAUGUAGUAUUUGUAAUUGAGAUUAACUGAUGCAGAAAUGAUUUAAUUUUUAUUUAUUUAAAACAAGCCAAAUAAUUAAUCAAAAGAACAAAGCAGCCACUUGUUUUUAAACUACUCAUUUGAAGCAUGUAUCCGACUCAUAAACACUAAGUGCUAAAAAGGUUUUUAGAAGCCGGUUGAAACUAAAAUCACAAGUGUUUGACGAGCUCGAGUGAGCUUUAAGAUGAAACGGUGAGACAGCUGCCAAACUGUACCGUGAGUAAGUGUUUGAUGGUUAUUUGUUUACAUGGUUUAUUGUAACUCAUCUGGUGAAGGUGAGUUUUUACAGCAUGCAUUACAUGCCACGGAGUGAUUCAGGGAUUCGUUUGAUAACUUCAGACAUGACAUAAUCAGCUCGACGCUGUGCCACAUUGUAAAAGCUGCUCUUGUCGGAGGCCAUUUAUGUCUUCUGUUGAUUAAAAUGAGAAAUGUAUAAACCACGUUCUUCUGUUAAACGCUCGGGGAGGCAACAAAUCAAAUCCUACAGCGGGUUCAACUAGAAGACGGGUGGUUGUAAAAGUGAAGUAGCCGUUCACAUGUCUGUCAGAAAUGGCGUCACUUCAACAUUUUAACCUGUAAGAAGAAGCCAGAAUUAUUAGCACUUAUUCUUGAGUUAUGGUCGUGAAUUGACCCCAGGACUCAUCACGUCAUCUUUGAAUCCAAGAGAAGAAGAAAUGUCCUCCUGAGAUGUCGCGUUCAAGACAAAGAAUGAGACGGACGACCCGAAAACAUAAAGCCUCGGCGUAAUAAAGGACACAAGCGGGCCGAGUCUGAACACUUUAAUGUGAACACAGGCGAUCAGUAAACUGUAGGUGAUACAAGUGGCACACGUUCAGUCAAACCCAACACACCCAGAACAUCAGUCUGACAAGCAGAUUCUUUCCCAUACGUCUGGAGUGAAUAUAAAAACAGAACACUUGGAGGUCUGGUUAGGGACCGAUGUUUCUGGUUCAGACGACAUUGCACAUCACUGAUGAUCAAAGUGCCGCUGAGUCAGCAGGAGCAGCGUGUGGUUGAGAGAGACUGGAGGCACAGUCAGCGUGGCUCAUUUAUAACUCGAGUAACACGAGGUGAGCGGGUUGACUCCGAUCUGAUGGAAACACGGCCUCGGGGUCGAGGGAGGAACCUGGGUGACAGAAGGCUAUCGGCACAACCCGGACUUUAACGAGCAGGAUAUUUACAGUUAAUUAAACUGAGAUUUAGAACGCUACAAAUACUAGAUGUUUGUAAAGGACACCCUGAUGGCUUUUACAAAUCCUCAAACCUGAUAUAAAACGGUGAUAAAGGUCCAUGUUUUACAAGUAUUGUUAAAAAACGCUCACAUGAUGGUCUGGCAAAUAUAAUCUGAAGGCAAACGGCUCAAUUAGGGCGUCUAUCUCUAAAGGUUUUAUUUAAGGCCACAUGGCUGCUGAAUACCCUGCUGACCUACAGCGAGGGGUCACGAGGGGUCACAGGACAUUUAGUUUACCAGCAGGCUGUGUAGGGUGCUAAAUAGAGGCGGCCUGGUUUCUGACCAAGAGCCUGGUGCAAAUAAUGUGCUGAAAGGCGUGAGGGGGGCUGCGUUUAAGAGCCGUGUCCAGCAAUGGCUGCCAAGUGAGCGUACAGUGGAUACGUUCAUACAGCGCGGCUGCUUUCUAAGGCAGAUCACGGUAAGAGUACAAAACAGUCUGAACAAUAAAGAACCAAAGAGAAGAACAGAAGGUUAAAGGGCCGAGUGAAUCACUAAGUGUAUACAUUUUUUCCAAAAAAUUUUUUUCUUUCCAUUUUUUCUUUUAUAAACAAACCAUAACAGCAAAAUCUGUACUGUGCACAUUGUUGCUUUCUCCAUUUUUAAAGAUUUGAUACUUAACAAGAAGCGCUACGAAGGGAGGAAUGAUGAAGUGAUUGGAAUUUAGAAACAGAGUCGUCGAUGGACGGAGAGAGCAGAAGCUGAAAAUCAAUACAAACUCCAGACGGGAAUAACGGAACGACAGCGAGAAGAAGAAAGGAGGGACAAAGGGCGUCGCUGAGGGGGAAUCAAUUUGUCCAAUCCUUCUUGAUGGCGAGGAACCAUUCCCAGGAGAGGUGGUCGUGCUCGUCGUCAUCGGUGAACUUGGACUUGAUGUUGUAGGUGCCGCGGGCCAGCAGCCCUUUGGGCGACUCCUCCACGGUGGUGAGGAACUCGUACUCCUCGCUCGCUCUGGGCCCGUAGCUGCCGACCAUGUAGUCAGACUUGUCAACUGCACAGAAGAGAUUAAUAAGUUGCUUAUUACCAACGUGUUCACUGAGAAUAAAGCAAACGAACUUCAGCGUUAUCAUUCCAA